GAUCAAACCACUAAUUGUCGUCCGAGUGGGUCCCAACUACUCUUUCAGCUGAUACGCGUCAUAAGUUUUGUUCAUUUUUUUGAAAGCCUUAUUGAGGUACAUUCUAUGACAGUCAUCAAAAGCACCAAGCCUGUAAUGGAAUCUGAGGACCGUUUCAUUACGGCCUUGCUCAAAGUUCACCACUGUACCCGUAGGUCAUAAAUUGAUGCUCGACAGUUAACUUACCAUGGCCGUCGACUCCCUCACGCCUUCAUCUGGGCCACAUGUUGCUAUUGUCGGGGGAGGCAUUGUUGGAGUCAUUCUCACGCUUGGUUUGCUGCGCCAGAAUGUCGAGGUGCGCUUGUACGAGCAGGCGGCUGGGUUCCGAGAGAUCGGGGCUGGGAUCGCGUUUUCGGAAUGUGCACGUCGCUGCAUGGAGUUGAUGGACCCGGCCAUUAUCGAUGCCCUGAGACGCUGUGGCGCCGUGUCUGUGUCUGACAAGGCCAGUGAGGAUGACUACUUGCGCUGGAUAGACGGAUACAACCAGCACAGUGUCGACGAUCCCUCAUACCAGAAAUCACUGGCUCAGAUUGGUGGCAGCGGUUUCAACGGCUGUCGACGAGACCAGUUUCUCGAGGAGCUUGCAAAGGAUAUCCCGCCCGGGGUGAUUGUGUUCCAGAAGCGCUUAGACGUUUUGACGCAGGAAGAAGACGGGAAAACACUACUGGGCUUUGUCGAUGGAACAACAGUCAAGGUCGAUGCUGUCAUCGGAUGCGACGGCAUCAAGUCACGCGUCCGCCAACAUCUCUUUGGCGCCAACAACCCGGCCUCGUUCCCGCAAUACACACAUAAAGUAGCAUACCGCGGCCUCGCGCCGAUGGACUGUGCCGUAGAGGUACUCGGAGAGUGGAAAGCACACAACUUCCACCACCACGUCGGCCCAGGCGCGCACCUAACGCACUACCCAGUCGCCAACCACACCGCGCUGAACGUAGUCGUUUUCCUCUCCGAUCCGAACCCCUGGCCAGAUCCCGCGGCCAUGGUCGCCGAGGGCACGCGCAGCGAAGUCGAAACGGCGCUGCGUGGCUGGCAUCCGACUGUCCUCGGCGUCGUGGGCCUCCUACCCGCCACGCUUUCUAAAUGGGCGCUUUUCGACCACGGCGAAUAUCCCGCGUCACGCUACAAUGCAGGUCGUAUCUGCAUAGCGGGUGAUGCUGCACAUGCAAGUAGUCCGCACCACGGCGCUAGUGCAUGCCUAGGUGUGAGUAACCCCCUACAUAACACACUACCAUCUCUAGCUACAUCACUAACAACCACCAAACGAAAAGGUCGAAGAUGCACUCUGCCUCACCACUCUCCUGGGCCAGGUCCGCACGCACACAUCCCGCAAUCCUAACACGCCACUCAUGC